AUGGAUGAAAAGGAUUUUGAAAAAAGAAUAUGUGAAAAGCAUUCAUAUUAAAUUAUUGCAGUAGAUUUAAAAUUGUCAAAAACUUAAAAUGAGAAAUAUUUAUGUGGCAAAUGUUUGAUUCUGAGAAUAGAAGGACAACAAAUUUUAUUACUUAGUGAGAUGAUUGAGAUGAUUAAAUAAAUGAAGAAUGAUUAGAAGAAAUAGAUCAUUGAAAAUAAUUAGACCUAAUUGAAUUACAUGAAAUAAUUGUAAUAAUCAUUGAAAGAAUGUAAUUAACACAUAAAGGAAAAAUUUGAAAAAACUUAAAAUAAUAUUGAACUUUAAAUUAAAGAUGGCAAUAAAGAAACAAAUAAAAAGGAAGAAAUUCAAGAAGAAGUGAAUUUAGAUAAAGAUAUUGAAGCCUUAUCAAAAUAUUACAAGGGGAAUAAAGAAUAUGAAUUACCUUAAGGAGAAUAAAACUUAAAUUCUAUUUCAUAAUUAAUAGAAAAUGUAUAAAAUCAAAUUGGAUCUAUAUCAAAUGCUUAUUAAUAUUAAAAGAUUUUAGAAUCACUAUAAAAUAUAAAAAUUCAAUUUUAGAUUAAUAUGUCAUCUGAUAAAGAUAUAAAGGUAAAAUUUUUAUAAAUAUUAUAUACCUAGAUUUGUGAACAACAUGGUUUAGAAAUUAUAAUGGUCAAUAUAGAAUAAGGUCAAUAAGAGCAUAAAAGGAUAGCAUGUUCAAAAUGUAUAUAAGAGAUUCCUUAAAACUAUACUACUUUAGAAGAUGCAGAUGAAAAUUGGAAAAAGUUUAAACUAAAAUCCAAAUAAAUGAUAUCAAAAUAUAGUAAAGAUAGGGAGUCUAAAUUCAAUUAAGCUAUUGAAUUUAUAACAAACUUAAGAGACAAAUAUUAAGAAAUUUUGACAACAAUCAUUAAUGAUUUAGAAAAUAAUAGGGUUGUUACAGAAAAACAAUUAUCACCUUUUCCUUUAUAUUAAAAAAAUAUUUAUUAAUUAGAUGAAAAUCAACUAAAAGAAAUAUUGGAAGCACUUAGUUAAAAAGAUUUAUAUCUACAGUUAAAAUAAAAGUUAGCACAAUAAGAUUAAUUAGAUUCAAUUUUUUAUCAUAAGUUAAAAGAAACCUUAGAGAAUCUGAUGAAAUAUGAUCUCCUAACAAAGGAGUAAAUAAUUAUGAUUGAAAAUAAUUAUAAAAGUAUUAUAAAUUUCAUAUUUAGACUUUUUAAUAUUGAUUGAAGAUGAGAAAUAACAUAUAUCUAGUUGUGAUGAGAUUAAAUAAUUUUUGGAAAAUACCUCAUUGCUUUAAUCUUAUAUGAAUAUAUUUGAAGAUUCUAUUUAAUUAUAUUAAAAUUUGUAAAAUUAGGUUGACAGCUUAAAUGAAAAAAGUGAUAUAUUUAAAUAACUGAAGUAAAAAUAAAAACCAAAAAAGAGUGGAAAACAAAUGGAUCAAGAUCAUAAUUCAGAUUAAAAAUAGUUUUUUUAAAGAUAAUAUACAUUAUUUGAUUAAAUUUCAAAAAAGUAUAAGCAAUUGUUGAUUGUAUACAAAGAUCAGAAUUUAUUAACCCAAUUAUAAUAGGAAAAAUCAGAAUUAUCAAAUAGACUGAAAUAGGAAAUAAAUAUUUAAACCUAACUAAAGGAAAACAUUUAGAAAUUAGAAAAUCAAAUUUAAAAUUUAUAAUCAGAUCUAGAAAAAUAAAAAUAACAAUUAGAAAAGACAUUAGUGAAUUUAGAUCAAAAAAAUGAAUCUGAAAAACAGUUAAUGGGGAAGUUAUAAUAAGAAACUUAAAAGUUUGAGGAACUAAAAAAGAAAUCUGAUGAAUAAGACUAAAAGAACAAUUCAACGAUUGAACUUUUAAAUAAAACUAUAACUGAUCUUAAUUCAUAGAUUAAAAAUAAUUAAACUAAUUUGCAAUCCAAAGAUCAAUAAAUUACUUCAAUUUAAUAAUAACUUUAAAAUUCUCAAAAUUCAUUGAAUAAAUUACAAUAAACAUAUAAUGAUCUUAUAAAAGAAAUCAAAGCAAAACCAAAUCUAUUAUCAGAUGCUUAUUUUUAAAAGAUAUUAUAAACUAUAGAAGAAAAAUCAAGAUCAGUUAUUAAAUGUUCAAUACUUGUUUAUUGUGGGUCAAAAGAUGGAUUAAAUCAUACUUCAUUUUGGAAUAAAGUAUAUGGCAGAAGAAAUUUAUUAAUGGUUUUUAAAUCAAAUACAAAUUUCAUUUGUGGGGCAUUUUCACCAUGUUAAUGGCUAUAACAUUUAGGAAACUAUGUUGUAGAUGACACAUUACAGUCAUUCUUAUUUUCCUAAAAUCACAAUUAGAUUUAUCCUUUAAAAGCUGCUAAUAAAGCGUAUGCAAUUUAUUGUAAUUCAUCUUACGGGCCUACUUUUGGUUCUGGUCACGAUUUAUAUAUACAUGCAAAUUUUAACAGCCUUUCCACUAGUUUGGGUUCAUCAUACUAAUGUGAUUAAUAUGGAAGUAUUACAGGAUCAACUCAUUUAUUUAGUUAAUCAAGUGUUUAAAUUAUUGAAUGCGAAAUAUUUGAAAUAGUCUUUAAAUGA